GCUAUGAAGAUUCCAGAAUCCUGAUGAGCUCGAUUCACACUAAUGUUUUUCCUGCAGAACCCUCACAUACCCUCACAGACCUUCUGUAUCAACUAAAAGGUCCAAAGAAAAAAAAAAACUAAAAACCCUAAUUAUGUAUUUAUUUCUUUUCCAACACCGCCAUAUUCCGCCCUGUUCCUAGAAGCUGACUGUAGCCCCGCACACAGUGAUAGGACAUCCAUCCUCCGCUCUCCGGCCGCCUUCUCAACUCUCUCCACAUUCUUCUCCCUCUGCGAUGACGUCAUAACGCUAGGAAUCCCUCUCUGAUCCCAGGGUUAUCCUUAUAAGGUGAUCACAGGGUGUGACGUCGCCCUCAAAGGCUCCAGGAGUAACGUAGCUUAACGUGAUUGAUUUUCGCGGCAGCCAAUAAGAUUAAAGGAAGGCUGCAGAGGGGGCGGAGCCUGGCGUUCUAGGUCUCUUGUACGUAGGAAGGCGGGGUGCGGUGAUGUCACUGGGAGAGACAGGAGUUGGGAGUGUUGGCUGGAAGUGUCCGAAAACUGAAGGUACCCGGAUUGGGUGAGGAGGAACACUUCGACAGGGGCGACUCCCGUAAGACACAGUGCGGAAUACCAGCUGGUGCACACACCCCAAACGCCAGCCGGGAAUUGUGGGCGAGGGGUGAGCCCAGGGUCGGACACGGUGCCCUCAGUGUGUGGGUGUUGUGGCUGCACAACAGAGUGACAGCGGCUUCAGCUGUGCCCAUAGGCAUCACUUCUGGCUUCUCCUGGUGACUGACUUCCAACAGAACCGCAGCCAUGCCUGUCUUCCACACCAAAACUAUAGAAAGUAUCCUGGAGCCGGUGGCCCAGCAGAUCUCCCACCUGGUCAUCAUGCAUGAAGAAGGGGAGGUGGAUGGGAAAGCCAUCCCGGAGCUGACAGCACCAGUGGCCGCUGUGCAGUCAGCAGUCAGCAACCUGGUGAGGGUUGGCAAAGAGACAGUUCAGACAACUGAAGACCAGAUUAUGAAAAGAGACAUGCCUCCUGCGUUCAUCAAAGUAGAAAAUGCUUGUGCAAAGCUGGUCCAAGCUGCUCAGAUGCUCCAUGCUGACCCGUACUCUGUUCCAGCUCGUGAUUAUCUCAUUGAUGGUUCCCGAGGAAUACUCUCUGGCACGUCAGAUUUGCUCUUGACAUUUGAUGAAGCUGAGGUGCGCAAAAUCAUCAGGGUUUGCAAAGGCAUACUGGAGUAUCUGACUGUGGCAGAAGUAGUGGAAAGUAUGGAAGAUCUGGUCACUUACACCAAAAACUUGGGCCCAGGAAUGACAAAGAUGGCGAAGAUGAUUGAUGAACGUCAGCAAGAGCUUACUCACCAGGAACAUCGUAUCAUGCUUGUAAAUUCUAUGAACACAGUCAAAGAUCUUCUGCCAGUCCUCAUCUCUGCUAUGAAGAUCUUUGUAACUACUAAAAACACCCGAAGUCAAGGUAUUGAGGAGGCUUUAAAAAACCGGAACUAUACAGUGGAGAAAAUGAGCACAGAAAUUAAUGAGAUUAUACGGGUAUUGCAGCUCACUUCCUGGGAUGAGGAUGCCUGGGCCAGCAAGGACACAGAAGCCAUGAAGAGAGCACUAGCAUUGAUUGAUUCUAAAAUGAAUCAGGCAAAGGGUUGGCUAAGGGACCCAAACGCUCCCCCCGGUGAUGCUGGAGAACAAGCUGUGCGCCAGAUUAUAGAUGAAGCUGGGAAAGUUGGGGAGCUCUGUGCAGGGAAGGAGAGAAAGGAUAUCUUGGGAACAUGCAAGACUCUAGGCCAAAUGACUGAUCAGGUGGCUGAUCUGAGAGCAAGAGGACAAGGAGCUACCCCUAUUGCAAUGCAGAAAGCACAGCAAGUAGCUCAAGGAUUAGAUCUUCUAACAGCUAAAGUAGAGAAUGCUGCCCGUAAAUUGGAAGCACUAACAAACUCCAAACAGGCUAUUGGAAAGAGGAUUGAUGCUGCACAGAGCUGGCUUGCAGAUCCCAAUGGUGGUCCAGAAGGAGAAGAGAAUAUUCGUGCCCUUCUAGCUGAAGCUAAGAAGAUUGCUGAACUUAGUGAGGAUCCCAAAGACAGAGAGGACAUCCUACGUUCCUUGGGAGAGAUAGCAGCUCUUACUGCCAAGUUGUCUGACCUUCGUCAACAGGGAAGAGGUGACACACCUGAAGCCCGUGCCCUGGCUAAGCAAAUUGGAACCUCAUUGCAGAACCUUCAGACUAAAGUGAACCGUGCUGUAGGAAACAGCCGUCCAGUGAAAGCUGCAAUAAAUAUGGAAGGGAAAGUAGAGCAGGCUCAGCGAUGGAUUGACAAUCCUUCACUGGAUGACCGUGGAGUGGGCCAGGCUGCCAUUCGUGGUCUAGUAGCUGAAGGCCGUCGUUUAGCUAACUCAAUGAUGGGGCCUUUCCGCCAAGAGAUGAUGGCCAAAUGUGACCGCGUGGAACAACUGGCAGGGCAACUUGCUGAACUGGCUGCACGUGGUGAAGGAGAUACACCUCAGGCUCGUGCUGUAGCUGCUCAACUCCAGGAUGCAUUAAAGGAUCUGAAGCUGAAAAUGCAGGAGGCCAUGACACAGGAGGUGUCUGAUGUUUUCAGUGAUACUACCACUCCAAUAAAACUCCUAGCUGUGGCUGCUACUGCACCCUUUGAUUCACCAAACAGAGAAGAGGUCUUUGAAGAGAGAGCUGCUAACUUUGAAAACCAUGCAGCACGUUUGGGAGCCACGGCUGAGAAAGCAGCUGCUGUGGGAGCUGCCAAUAAAGCCACUGUGGAAGGAAUCCAGGCAACAGUGAAGACUGCCAGAGAGCUCACUCCACAGGUGGUGUCUGCAGCUCGCAUCCUUUUAUGUAAUCCGGGAAACCAGGCUGCCCAUGAGCACUUUGAAACUAUGAAAAACCAGUGGAUCGAUAAUGUAGAGAAGAUGACAGGCCUGGUCGAUGAAGCCAUUGAUACAAGGUCCCUAUUGGAUGCAUCGGAGGAAGCCAUCAAAAAAGAUAUUGACAAAUGCAAGGUGGCUAUGGCUAAUAUGCAGCCGCAGAUGUUAGUUGCUGGAGCCACCAGUAUUGCCCGCCGCGCAAAUCGCAUUUUAUUAGUAGCAAAGAGGGAGGUGGAGAACUCUGAGGAUCCAAAAUUCCGUGAAGCUGUGAAAAAUGCAUCAGAUGACCUCAGCAAAACAAUUUCUCCCAUGGUCUUACAGGCCAAAGCUGUAGCUGGCAAUAUCUCGGACCCAGCUUUACAGAAAAGUUUCCUAGACUCUGGUUACAGGAUUUUGGGAGCAGUUGCUAAAGUGAGAGAAGCCUUCCAGCCACCAGAGCCAGAAUUUCCCCCACCUCCACCAGAUUUGGAACACCUGAGGUUGACUGAUGAAGCAGCUCCUCCAAAGCCCCCACUCCCUGAGGGAGAAGUUCCACCUCCCAGACCACCACCUCCUGAUGAGAAGGAUGAGGAGUUCCCUGAGAUGAAGGUGGGAGAGGUGGUGAAUCAGCCAAUGAUAGAGGCUGCGAGACAGCUUCAUGAUGAAGCUCGCAAGUGGUCCAGCAAGUCACCUGGAAGCCCUGCACCCACCACUUCGCAGGGUAGAGAAGCCGUUGUGUCUGAGGUAGAGCAGGAGCGUGAGGAAGAGGAGGAGGAGGAGGCGUCAGUGGAAUUUGCCCUCUCCUCUGACAUUGAAGAUGAUUAUGAGCCAGAGCUGCUAUUGGUGCCUGAGGGGCAGCCUGUAAACCAGCCAAUGCUGGCUGCAGCUCAGUCUUUACAUCGGGAGGCUACAAAAUGGUCCAGUAAGGGUAAUGACAUCAUCGCAGCAGCUAAGCGCAUGGCUCUGCUCAUGGCAGAGAUGUCUCGACUUGUAAGAGGAGGCAGCGGGAACAAGAGGGCCCUAAUUCAGUGUGCCAAGGAUAUUGCUAAAGCUUCAGAUGAGGUGACUAAGUUGGCUAAGGAAGUGGCUAAACAAUGCACAGAUAAGAGGAUCAAAACGAACUUGCUUCAGGUCUGUGAAAGGAUCCCAACCAUCAGCACUCAGCUGAAGAUCCUUAGUACGGUCAAGGCGACUAUGUUGGGAAGGACCAACAUCAGUGAUGAAGAGUCUGAACAGGCAACAGAAAUGCUUGUCCAUAAUGCACAGAACCUAAUGCAGUCUGUGAAAGAGACUGUGAGAGAGGCUGAAGCUGCAUCAAUCAAGAUCCGUACAGACGCUGGAUUCGCACUUCGUUGGGCUCGUAAAACCCCAUGGUACCAGUAAUCCUUUGUGCCCGGGAACCAAUCUAGCCACUCCGUAUUGUACAGAGCACACGAAUACUGUGUAAUUAUACAGACUGAUGUGGAUUCUUUUUUUUUUACCAAGCAUCUAGCUUUUUUGUGGGCUAAUCCGUCAGUAAAUAGCUUAACUCACUUAUUUUCAUAGGUUUCCACACAGUACAUUUCUUUACCAUUGAGAAACCUCACUAAUUAAUGUUUGUGGUUUCAUUUUGGGAGAGACCAGUCCAUGUGCAAUACAACAUUUCUCAUUACCUGAUCUGAUGCUUAUUUUUAUUUUCAGUUCACCUGCAUUCAUACUUUGCCUUUAUAUUUUACUGAGCACAUCCAGUAUUUAUAGUAUAAUAUUGGCAUCACUAUCAAAUAGAACACUAAGCAGCUGCUAUCCCACUCUUUCUUUUAAACUUUGGUGUUUUUGGUGCUAUUUUCAUCAUGCAAGGCUGGCAUCCCUACUUUUCUUUUUUCUGAACUAUGCAGAGAAAUCAAAGGUGUGUGAAAUGACUUUUUUAGAUGGUAAGCAGAGCAGUGAGAUGAAUGUACAGAACUUUCAUCUUUUUAAACCAACAAAUGGCAACAAUAAUGGUGGGAGUUUUGUGAUUUCCAGGUUACUUAAAAUCUAUAAAAAAAAUA